AGAAAAGAGGCAUGUGCCAGGCAUAAUUAUUGAUAACGUCGUGGUUUGUAAGAGACCCAGCGAUGCUAAAACACAAAUUUUAAGUCACGUACAAAAAGCGGUAAGCAAGGGGUGUUUAUCUCCCGUGGUGAUGGACGAAGUUCUCGCUAGAAUAAAAGAUAAGGAUACAGUAAUUGAAGUCUUGAAGAAGGUUCGACAAGCAUUGGAAAAACAACAUCUACCAGGUCAUGUUGUAAAUCAUAUUAUGUUUAGUAAAACGCCCAGCGACUCAAAAACAGACUUACUAAAGAAUGUCCAAAACGCUAUCGGCAAGAAACAACUAUCACCUGCUGUUAUGGACGAUAUUCAAGGAAGUGUCAGCUUACGUGACAAUAAAUCUAAAGUCUUCGAGAAGAUCCGCAAAGCUAUAACGAAGAGGCAUGUGACUCCAUCUACAAUGAACGAAGUUAUGGCUAAAAUGCAUGCAAGUGAUAAUAAAUUUGAGAUUUUAAACAAUGUUCGUAAAGCUGCAGAAAAAGGACAAAUACCACGAGAUGUUGUUAGUGAAAUUCUAGUCAAUGUGACAAAGUGUGACGAUAAAUUUAAAGUUAUAGAAAAAAUUCGUCAAGUUGUAUCAAAGAGACGAGUGUCACAUGGUGUCUUAGAAGCAAUCUUGGGAAAGCAACAGUCGUAUGAUAAAUCAAAAAUUAUGAAGAGUAUUAGCAAAGCUAUAACAAGGAAACAUGUUACACCUUAUGUUAUGAAUGUAGUUCUUACAAAUAUACAAGGCAGUGAGAAUAUACCCGAAAUCAUGGCCAAUGUUCAUAAAGCGAUAGAAAAAGGACAACUACCGCCAGAGAUUAUGGGUGAAAUAAUCAAGAAAAUUCGUGCCAAAGACAAUAGGAAACAAGUUAUUGAAAAAGUCCGUAAAGCAUUGAAAAAGAGACAAGUCCCACGUCACGUUUUAGAUAGUAUUUUCGCCACUAUCGUGACGUCCUCUGGUAAUACAAUAGAUGUUAUGGAUCAAGUCCGUAGAGCUACGCUGAAUGGACAAAUACCGCCUACGGUGUUAGGUGAUAUACGAGCCUGUGUGCGCCCUAAGGAUGACAAGAGCGUAGUGAAUGAAAAGGUUCGACUCAUUUUGCAAAAGAAACACGUGCCUCCCUGUGUUAUGAAUGAUAUCGUAGCUAGUAAACAGCUUAGUGACAGCAAAUCAGAAAUUGCAAGGCACUUGCAAAAAGCUCUAGGACAUCGAAAACUAUCAUCGUCAGUUAUAGAAGAAAUAGUCUCAAACAUACAUCCGGAUGACAAUAAAUCACAAGUAUUGAAGAAGAUUCGUAAAGCUGUUGCAAAAAAACAUAUGACACCUUCUACGUGGAAUUUAAUUCUCUCUGAUGUAAAUAAGACUGAUUGCUCGACUGUAGUCAUGAAGAAGGUCCGCAGAGCCGCUGACAUAGGCCAUAUACCAUCUGUGGUGAUGAACGAUAUACUUGCACGUGUUCUACCUGAUGAUGACAAGUCAGAUGUUGUGAAGAAAGUUUCUAAAGCGGUACAGAAAAGAAAACUUUCUAAAGGCGUCAUACAUGACAUAACCAAUUGUUAUUUGCGACUGCGAGGUGAAGAACCAAUCGUGGAGAAAGUUAAAACAGCAAUUGAAAUGGGCGAAAUGUCACCUUCUCUUGAAACAACCCUAAAAGGAUUAGCAAAAAAUGACACGGAGAAAGUCUGUAGUAGAAGAUCUAUAUAUAAUAAGAACUAUCGUAAAGGUAGAAGUAAAAUACAUGUCCCUCCUUCCGUUAAGGAAGAGAUGUAUGCAGACUUACUAGCUAGCGAAAAUAAGUCCCAAAUUAUAAAGAAUGUUCGCAAAGCCGCUGAAAGAGGUUUACUAUCGCGCGAAGUCAUGAACGACAUAUUGCUUAGUGUUCAGUCGUCCGACACCAAAUCUGUUAUAUCUGAGAAAGUUCGUUCUGCGGUAUAUAAAGGUGAACCAUGUCCUGCUGUCACGGAUAAUCUUAAUCCUGAUGACAAACAAUCACAAUUCGUGAAGAAAGUCCGUAGCUCUUUUGAAAAGGAAUAUGUAACGCCGUGUAUUGCAAACAAAGUGAUUGCUGAUGCACGCAACGCUCGCAAUAAAGAUCAAAUCACCAAAAUUGUUGGUAAAGCGGUAAAGAAAGGCAAUCUUCCACAAGGUGUCUUGGAUGAUUUAAAUGCUAAUAUUAAACCCAAAGAAAAGAAAUCCGUCAUAUUGAAGAAGCUAAUAGAAGCUUUGGAAAAAAGGAAAAUGCCAGCCAGUGCUUUAGAUAACAUAGUGGCAGAAGUACAGCCAACUGAUAAUAGAGCCGACACUAUUAAACGAAUCCGUAAAGCUAUCGACGAUGGUCAGUUAGCUCCCACUGUUUUGGAUGAUAUCCUCGUCAAUAUAAAAGCUACUGAUACUAAGCCAAAAGUUUUGAAGAAGGUUCGUAAAGCAAUAGCUAAGAAGCACGUGUUACCAUCCGUUAUGAAUGAAGUACUCGCUAAUGUAAGGGCUGGUAAUAACAAGGCGGCCAUCUUGAAGAAUGUUAAUAAAGCGAUAAAUAAAGGACAACUGCCACCAGACGUUAAGGACGAUAUAAUCGCUGGUUUGAAACCAAGUGAUAACAAUGAAGAUGUAAUGCGGAAGGUUAUCCAAGUGAUUGAGAAGAAAAAAGUCUCCAAUUUUGUUUUAGACGAUAUACUAGGAAAUUUAGAAACAAAUAAUCAUAAAGUGAAAGUGGUUAAUAUUAUUCGUAAAGCCAUUGAUAAUGGACAAAUGGCACCUGCAGUCAUGGAUGAAAUAAUGCUGAACGUACGAGAAAAUGACCAGAAGUCGCAAAUUUGUAAAAAGGUUCAUAAAGCUAUUGCUAAAAAGCAUGUAUCACCGCAUGCUAUGAACGAUGUACUAGCAAAUGUAGAUAAGAGUCAAAAUAAUUUAGAAGUCAUCAAACACGUUCGAAAUGCGGUGGUAAGGAAACAGAUACCGGCAGCUGUAUUAAAUGAAGUACUUGCAGAGAUAGUGCCCAGUGACAACAAAGCCCAAGCCACCAAGAAAGUCCGAAUAGCAUUAAUGAAAAGGCAGGUCCCAAAUCACAUCAUGAAUAGUAUAAAUGAUAUUUUAAAACCAAGACACCAGAUGUUACCGGAUUCUGGUAAGAAAAUUUAAAAAUGUAUUUAUGAAUGUCAAAGGUAAAUUUUGAGUGAAUGUAUUCCAAUCUUUUUUUUUCGUCAGAAACAAGACUUGUUUUCGACAUUACAUUAACAAUUAAUUUUAUAUUAGGUACA